AUGGACAAACCCGGUCCAUCGUCUUCUUCGGCAACUGUGAAAGUGCCUAAAAAACGGCUUAGUGACCGAUCGCUGACCGAAAUUGCCGCACAACAUGUUUUGAGGGAUGGGCCGAAAGCCCGAUGUGCAAUUGAUCCUAGUAGCCGCUGCGACUACGAACAGGUGUCAUAUGAUACAGGAAACAUUAUCCGGCAUUUCCGAACAAAGCAUUCCGACCGGGCUGUCGAAGUUGGUUUACUGAACGAAGUGGUAGUUCCAGUAAAAAAACCUCGUGUUGUGAGGAAAAUCCAGAUUGCUAUGGACAAGCAGCUGCUCAUCGAUUCGCUUAUCAAGAUGAUCGCGAUCAAUAAUAUGUCGCUGGCUAGCCUAGAAUGGGAAGGCUUCAAGCAAAUACUGGAUCCCAUAGCUUCAGCGCUCAACAUAACUCUAAAUCGACAGAAUAUUAAAGUGUUCAUACGAUCUGCAGCGCAGAAUAUUCAAACUGCCUUGGCUGAGGAAAUGAAGGGAAAACUCAUUUGCCUUAAAAUUGAUUCCGCGUCGAAGCAUCAUCGUCACGUACUGGGAAUAAACGCUCAGUAUGUCUUACGUGACAAGCUCGUAAUUCGCACAUUGGGCAUGGUAGAAGUCACUGAAAGGCAAACGGCGGAAUUCCUGAAAGGCAAAAUAAUGGAGAUCGUUCAGAGCUACGGUGUGACGAUAUCACAAAUCUUCUCUGUAACGUGUGAUAACGGCUCAAACAUGAUAGCAGCAGUGAAAUCACUUAAGAAAGAGGCUGCGCUACAAAGCGACGAAGAUGAAGACGAAGCUUAUCUUGAUUCUGAUGACGCAUUCUUAGAUACGUUGAACAACGAACUCGAAAACGGCCUGAACUUGAUUCGCUGUUCGGUGCACACUUUACAGCUUGCUAUUCUCGAUGUUGUUAACAAAUCUGACGAAACUGUUAAAGCUGUAACUUCAAUAGCCAAGAAAUACCGGAAUAUAAAAUAUGAAGCCCAUUUCAAACACCAUGGCGUCAAAAAGCCUCCUGUUUGGUCUCAAACGCGAUGGGGCGGCAUAUAUAAAAUGAAAGAGGCUUUCAUUCGUCAACAAACAUUUUAUGAUGACCUGGCUUUGCAAUUCCCCGAACUUGAUCUAUCACGUCACUGGACUUUCAUCAAAGAUUACGAAUACGCUUUCAGACCAUUGUAUCUGAGUACUUUAAAAAUGGAAGCCAGCCACGUCUCCCUAGGAGACUUCUAUAUGCAAUGGCUGAUGGCGAUAAGUGAAGUUCGUAGGAUGAAGUCAAAUCCGUUCGCCCCCCCGUUACUACUAUCAUUGGAAAAUCGUUUGAACAACUUGCGGUCACCGAUGGCGUUCAAAGCUGCGCUCUACAUUGAUCCGAGAUUCAAUUAUCUUCAUUCAACGCUCUUCACUCCAGACGAGAAAGAUCAGAUUCAGCAAUUUAUCCUCGAAACAUGGAAACGAAUCAAUGCGCUCAAUCCGUCUGUUCCAACAAGCAACGGCAGUGAUCAAUCAACUCCAAUCGAUGAGUUUGAAGAUUACAUUACUGAGUUGUUCGGAGGAUCUCUCGAUACCGAUACAUCCACUAGAUCAUCGACUUUCCUCCACCAGUUGAAGACAUUGGACAUCGAACCACGUAGACCACAUAACUUCAACGUGUGGGACUAUUGGGUACAACGUAAAUCGACACAUCCCGAACUACACGCGGUCGCGAUGGUAUUACUGUCAGUUCCUGCGACUCAGGUCUCGGUUGAGAGGGCCUUCAGCUCACUGUCCUUGGUGUUAUCCGACCAUCGCAUCACUCUGGGAGAGGAUAUAUUGGCAGCAAUCCUGAUGAUUAAAUUGAACAGAUCAAUUUAUGAUGCAAUUUUACCAAAUUUAAUGCAGAACGAGGAAUCAUGAGCAUAACGUAACUGUGUUACUUGUAUCUGUGGUAAUUUUCCGGGGAUUCCGGACCACAGUAUCCUUGAAUGAGUAUAUUAUGUUUUACUUUAUUGCUAAGCCCUUUCAAACACGUGAUUAAACUCGAUAUUUUCGCAUUCUGUUACUUUUUACUAAACAUAAAAACAAGCAAUUCAUUACAGACAUCGAUAACAAUGUAAUGAAUAA